AUGAAUGCAGUACAAAGGAUAUCUAGCGAGCAACGAAAACCCACCGUUCUUCACGUUGAAGGGUCAGACGAGUGGGAUUUGCUCUAUAAAUUCUCGAGUUGGACAAAGCUGAUAAGAGUAACUGCUUACGUGUGUAGAUUUCUCGCGUUAAUUGAUAAGAAAAGGAAAGUUAAUUUCAAAUCAACCUCGUCGCUGAGUGUCAACGAGCUUAAUAAAGCGGAAUUAUUUUGGCUGUCGUACGUACAAAAGAAGGCUUUUGAAUCCGAAAUCAAAGCACUAAAGAAAGGCAACGCAGUUUCGAAGAAAAGUUCACUUAGAACUUUAACUCCAUUUGUUGGCGAAGAUGCAGUACUUCGCUUUGGCGGGCGGUUGAAAAAUGCUGCUCUCACUUACGAAGAGCAACAUCCUAUUUUAGUACCGCGAGGACAAGUCUCGUACCUUUUAAUCGCUCAGGCUCACAAACACACUCUCCACGGUGGAGUUCAAUUAGUGUUGCGUACAUUCCGACAAAGAUAUUGGUUGCUAGGAGGUCGAAAUUUAGUGAAAAAUCAUAUAAUGCAUUGCGUCUCGUGUAUACGUUAUUCAGCUAGAGUAUCGAGUCAGCUGAUGGGGGAUUUGCCUUCUCCUCGCGUGCAACCGUCGUCACCGUUUACGCAUACGGGUGUGGACUACGCUGGUCCUUUUUUUAUUACGCCUUUCGUUGGAAGAGGACAAAGGACACGAAAAGGUUACGUGGCUCUAUUCGUUUGUCUCGUUAUCAAGGCGAUCCACGUGGAGCUAGUGGAGGAUUGCUUCAGUGCUGGAUUUCUUGUGUCCUUUCGGCGAUUCACGAGCCGACGAGGCUUACCGUGUAAGUUAUACUCUAACGGAACUAACUUUUACGGCGCUAAAAAGGAAUUAAACAGCGAAUUUGAGGCGCUCAUGAAAGAUUCGUCUCUACACGACGUUCUUGCUAACGAUAAAAUUGAGUGGCAUUUUAUCCCGUCCGCAGCUCCUCAUUUCGGAGGACUUUGGGAGGCGGGCGUGAAAAAUCUCAAAUCGCAUCUAAAGCGGAUAGCCGGUUCGCGUACCCUGUCGCAGGCUGAAUUUGCUACGCUCCUAUGCCAGAUAGAGGCAUGUUUGAACCCGAGCGAUCUGUCCGCGUUCACUCCGGGUCAUUUUUUAAUAGGCCGACCGAUCGUUGCGAUACCGGAGGAAUCAGUACUCGCGAUAGAUACGAAUCGACUUUCGAGAUGGCAGUUCGUUCAUUCGAUGGUGGAACAACUCUGGCGUGCUUGGUCGCAAGACUACUUACAUUUGCUGCAACAGCGAUAUAAGUGGUUAGAAAGAUCGCCUUGUUUUCGUGUUGGCGAGCUCACGUUGUUAAAAAAUCCUUUGCUCCCUCCGAGCAAAUGGGAACUCGCGCGAGUCACUCGGGUCCAUCCCGAAUCCGACAGACUCGUUCGAGUAGUUACCGUGAGAACCGCGUUGUUCAAUAUUGAAACGACCAAUCACGCUACUGUGUAA